AUAAUAUCUAUGGCUACAUUAUAUAUAAAUGUAAUAUCUGUGGUUAUAAUACAUUUAAAUGUACCUCUGGCUAUAUUAUAAUAACUAAACAAUCAAAGAAUAAAGAAAAGAAAAGGGAAACAAAACUUUCAAUGCAAGCUUUAGUUAAAGAGUCAAAGUCAAACUUAUGCCUUCACAUUCCAGCCUUGUCCCCUUAUAUAACCCCCCUACGCUCCCACACGUCUCUAACGCUCAAAGCUUCUUUCACAAUCUCAAACGACAAGUUUCAAACGACAGAGAGAAGAGAGACGAGCGAGCAAGAGAGAGAGAGAUGUGUCCUUCUGGUAGGCUUGCGAGUUCCUCAACCGCCGCGAACCCCGAUUUCCGACCGGCGUUCGAGAUCAUCGACGCGGACCGCGACGGCAAGAUCAGCAGCGACGAUCUCCGAGCAUUUUACGCCGGGAUCCCGAGAUCUUCUUCCGACAAGGACGAAGACGAGAUGAUGAUGAUCGGGACGAUGAUAUCAGUGGCGGACGCGAACAAGGACGGGUUCGUGGAGUUCGAUGAGUUCGAGAAAGUUCUUGAAACGGCGCCGCAUGGGUGCAGAUCUGGUGACGGGUUGAUGAGGGAUGUGUUCAAGGUGAUGGAUAAGGACGGUGAUGGGAGGUUGAGCUAUGGAGAUUUGAAGAGUUACAUGGAGUCGGCUGGUUUGGCUGCUAACGACGAAGAGAUCAAGGCCAUGAUUAGAUUGGGCGGUGGCGAUUCAAACGGUGGCGUUUCGUACGACGGUUUGUUAAAGAUUUUCGGGUGUUGAAACCUCUGUUUUUUUUUUUCCACCACUCGUGUUUCAGAACUUUUGUCAGUAAUUCAGUUUUGUCUGUUUGCCGGGGUGUUUGUGUCCGUCCAUAUUUUUGUCUUUAUGAAUUAAAAAAACAAAAAAAAAAAUUGUUGUAACAAUUGGUAUAUCUGUGGUUUUGCGAUUGAGGAGCUCCUCUAGUUGACACAUUAAUAAAAAAUGCUGUACUAUGGAUUCGACUA